AUGUUGAUGCAUACAGAGGGCUUGGCUGUAGGGGUUGGUUUUGGAGCCAUAGGAAAGACUUCAUCUGCUACCUUUGAGAGUGCCAGGAAUUUGGCCAUCGGUAUUGGCAUCCAGAAUUUCCCCGAAGGCUUGGCAGUGAGCCUUCCGCUCCGAGGUUCAGGGGUCUCAACGUGGACUGCCUUUUGGUAUGGUCAGCUGAGCGGGAUGGUAGAACCCAUUGCCGGGUUGCUUGGUGCCAUCGCUGUUGUUUUAGCAGAACCUUUGUUGCCAUAUGCACUGGCAUUUGCUGCUGGGGCGAUGGUCUACGUGGUGGUGGAUGAUAUCAUACCUGAGGCUCAAGUCAGUGGAAAUGGGAAGCUAGCAUCCUGGACAUCCAUCCUGGGCUUCGUAGUGAUGAUGUCACUAGACGUGGGGCUGGGCUGAUGUCACCAUAAUGACCAGGAAAGACCCUCAGUGGCCAUGAUGUCAUCACAGUGAUGCAGACCUCAGUUUUAAACAGGGGACCAAAUGAAGUGUUUCUUCAGAAACAUUGUUUAUCCAUUUAGUUUGAAUUGUUUCUACUUGAAGUUCACAAGUGAUUUCACAACCAUAGAACUGUUUUAUAAAUCAAGCUGUAAGGAUGAUUGUACUUGAACAUUUAUCUUUAAUGUGUAAUUUACAUGCUAGCGGUCAUCUCCUAAGAGCUGACAUGUUUGUCAUGGUUUUCAAAUGUCCAAUAUCUGACUUAGGAAUGAACUUAUAGACAUGUCAUGAAUAUUCUUCUGAUUCCACAGCUGGUGAAUGUUUUUUUUUUUGCAACUUUUUGAGUUCCUCCUCAAUAACUUUAUUUUAAACACACAAAAUUUCUGUUAUGAAGUUAAUUUAAUGUUUUACUUUUCUUUUCCCAGUUUAACCAUAAUGACAACACUUGGAUCACUUGGCAUUUUCAUUGUUUGACUGACAGCAGCAUAAUGAAUCAAAUGAAAAAUGGGUUGGAAAACUUUCAUUAUGUUAUGAGAAGAGUAGACGUUUAAUUGUCAUUUAGCUUCAGAAUUAUAUUUUUAAACAAAAAUACAAAUUAUUCAGUAUUUUAAUUUUUCAUCUGUGUGUUUUGUGCUUGUAUUUACUACUGUUCUAAUGCUGCCCAUUGGAAUCUACAGCAACUGAGUCACACAACCACAUUAGGCCUUCCUAUUAUGUAGCGCAUUAGUACCAUGCAAUAAUUUGUUGUAAGGGGUAAUCAGCUAUAAAAACCAAAAGCAUUAUUUGCACCAGGCUGUAAACAUGUUUAUUUCUGCUGUAAAGUUGGGCAUUUUGACAUGGGGGUGUGUUGAUUGACUUGCUUUUGGAACCUGCCUCAAGUGGCAGUUUUUGUGACUUCUGCGUUGGCUAAAUUAUUUAGCUACCAGUGCAAAACACAACUGUAAAUUUGAAUAUUUAGGCUUUUUUAUGUUUUUGCUGGAAAAGUCAAACCCUCAAGCAACCACCAAGACAGUACCAAUAAAAACUGAAACAAGAGACAACAACAGAAGAAAAUGAUGAUGAAACUUUCCAACCCAUUUUCUAAUUUAUUUGUUUUAAAGUGUGGUUUGGUGUGAAUUGAAAUUUGGUAAUUGAUAGGACCACCAAUGAGUUAUCAGAUUUUGUUCAGUCUAUUCUUACUUCUGCUGUGUUAUAUGUCUGCGCAAAAUAUCGAAGUACAAUAUGAUUAUUUUAGGCUGCUUGAUAUUCAUCAUAAUGUUUAUUGUGUGUGUUUGUUUCAUUUCCACAUCAUAAACCUCUAUGAGCAUCACUACCAGUAAUUUGUUGACUUCUGCAGUUAUGGUACUUUAUUCUCUUCUAUAGCAACCUGAAAAGAACAGAUUUUGUCUGCUCCCAAAUGAGUGCCUUCUUCUUUAUAGGGCACAGACAGUCUUCUGCCAAAUGCAGAUCAGUCUGAGGAAUCAUGUUGUUGUCCAUGUGUUGAUAUUUAAAUCAGUUUAACCAGUUACCACUGAAUUACAUGUGGAAUAUUUAUAUCACUAAACGACCAAAUGAUUCUCA